AUGUGGAAUUUGCAGUUGAUUGACACUGGAAGUGCAGAGUUUGCGGUCUGCACACUUUUGGAGUUCUCCACGUUUGCACCUGCCAAGAAGAGAUGGGUUAACCGGUUAUUCUGGUUGACUGGAGGGCAGACGUCGCCCUCCCUUGCAGAGAGUACCCGUGUGGGGACUGCAAACUUCACACGUCCAAGUGCGGGGAAUAACCCCAGCACGUGUGACAAUACACUUGGUUUGAUUGACAGCGUGGCGACAGCGCAGCGCACCUACUUCAAUCUCAACGUGGCCGUCAACGUGGUCUUCCUGUCGGCCAAGCUGAUGCACUCGGCCUUGGACACGGGCAGCAUCCGCCGCGUGACGGAGAACCUGAGUGACGUGCUGUGCAUCGCCUUCAGCGUGCUGCAGCUCCUCGUGCUCGUCGACUCCGAGGAGCAGGUCAAGGCCGUGCUGCGCAGGCUACACGCACAACAGUCUACAAAAACAUUAAGUGUGACUUCAAUCACUGAGAAUGAAAGAGCCACCACCAUAGCCCUUUCAUUUGGUGACACGCACCCCGUCGCCCAAUUUCGGAAAAAACACCACAAGAUCGACGAGGAGUUCGUCCACGUGUUCCCCGCGGUGUACGGCGCGUGGGAGGGCCGGCUCGCCAUGCUGCGGGUGCGGUGGCAGUCGCAGCGCAUCGCCAGUAUCACCUUCCUUUGCUUCCUGGGCUGCGGCUUCUUCUUCGGCAUCAUCGCCACCUCCACCAGCAAGAAGAGGAACGCGCUGCCCAUCGCCAUCUGGACACCCUUCUCGCAGGAUGACCCCGGCGUUCUGGUCGCGCUGCUGCUGGUGGAAGCGGUGGGCGUGGUGCUCACGGUGGCGGGGUCCGGCUCACUGUCCGCUCUGUUUCUCAGCUGCUUUGUCCUCGUGCGCAAUCACUUCCGCGCCGUGCAGGAUUGCUUCAGCGCCCUGGCCGAUUCUCUUCCCGACGGAGCGUGGAGUGCGAGGGAGAGGGCGCGAGUAGAGGCGGGCCUCGUGAAGGGCGUGAAGCUGCACCAGGCUGUCUUGAGCCUCGCCGAGGAGCUCUGCCGCGUUCUCGUGCCCUUCCUCACGGUGCAGCUCAGCAUCAUCGUCUUCCUGAUCUGCGUCGCUCUUUUUCAAGUCUCCACGAACCCGGCCGACGCGGGCAAUAUCCGCUUCAUCAUGCUCGCCGCCAACGUCAUCGUGCAGGCCUUCGUCUUGUGCUGGAUGGGCUCCGGGCUGAGCGACGAGGCGUCCGAGGUGCAGACGGGGCUGGAUCGGGGGGACUGGCACCUCCAAGGCACGGCCGUGGGGUACGCCGUCAGGUUCGCCAUGAUGCGCGCGCAGAGGCCUCCCAGCGUCGUGGUGGCGAACAGCAAUGCGUGCGUGGGGCUGCCGCUAUUCCUGGAGUUGAUUCGCUCUUCGUACUCUCUUCUCGCGUUUCUGCAAAAGAGGGCCACAAGGACGGCUGGAGUGGACUGA